AUGUCAAAACCCAAUUUUGAGUCCGCAAUCGCCGGUCUGGAAAAAUCCACAGGGCCCCCAGAGUCAGCCUUAGCAACCGCCGCCAGUACUCUAAGCAUUGACCUUGAAGACUCUAUUGCGGCUUCUUCAGAAAGACCACUGCUCCGAAACGCUUCAGGAAGUACAGGGUUCAAAGAACAAUGGAUCCUGCGUUGGCUUCUGAAGAAGUUGGCAUCUCCAGCAGCAAUAUCUAGUUUCUCCGCCCGUCCACAAUUUUGGUCACUCUUGAUCAAUUUGACGAAUGGGAUACCUAGAGAUAUCUGCUUGGAAAUCUUGGUAGACAGAAAGUUCUAUCGAACACUAAGCGAACUCAUUCUCAGUGCCCUUGCUUCCGACCGAGCGUCAGCAGAUCUUCAUUACACAAGGUCGGACACUGAGGAAAGCUCUUCUUCUCGUCCGAGCAAGAAGCGUCGUCUCAGCCCUUCCACAAAUGCUCUCCACAGCGGCCAUAGCGACAAGUUGCUAUGGAUUCUUCUACAGACGGUAUGUGCCUGUGUCGAGCUACUUGAGCCAUCACACGCCCAGCAUGGGAGCAGGCCUCUACAGGUGUCUUCCUCAAUACAAAUCAGUGUCGAUGAUCAAGCAAUCCUCCUGGCAUCGACUCUUCAGGUGGCACUUACUAUCAUCAAGACUCGUCCAGGGACAUCACAACAAAGAUUGCUAUCACAGAUGAUCAAGGCCACAUUACCUUUGUGGAAUGGCGAUUCCACUUCAUCUGGAGGCAAUCGAGAUGCUUUCGAUCAAGCAUUUUCUUCUCACUGUCUCCCUUCAUGCUUGAAUCUCCUCGACCUGUUCCGUCAUCCUGGAUUCGAUUACUCAACUUUUGCCACUUCAAAGCAAGCUCUCGAACGACUAGUGGCAAUUCACGUUGUUUUUCCAGCUCGCUCGACCUUCAUGGCAAAAGACGCUAGAAAGUGGAAGAACGUUCACGAUGUGCUUGUAUAUGAGCAAUUCGAGGCAAUGCUAAAGAGCUUCACGAGGCGAAUCAUUGGCGAAGAACAACCUCAGCAGAUCAACGAGAUCUUAGGACUGGCCUAUAUCAUUCUGGACAUAGCUAUCCGUUCAAUUCCAUCGGCUGAUUUUCGGAGAUGGCAGGCAGAACAGCCUUGGAUUGAUGCGCUUUUCGUAUGCCUGGCUCAUGUCACAUGGCCGCAUAUGCCGCGUAUUACUUCAACUGGUGUGGUCGCAAUUCCUGCGGCCACCAACAUCGAUCAUGAAACAUCCCUGGUGGCAUUGGAAAACCUCGUGGAUGCCGCUUCCACACGAAAUUUGCGCUUAUCGUUACCAGCCCUGAGCUAUAUUGUAGCAGCAAUUCUGGCAUUGGAUCAAGAAAGAACGCCUUGGUCCUUGCUCCUGAAAACCAUUCAACUUGAUGUGAAUACCUUGGUUCCAGGAACAGGUCUCUCCAAGUCUGGAGAACUCUUGAAGUCACUUCUAGGCAAGGUCCUCGCAAGCGAGGUUCCGUUGAGCAUGUAUGAGUCCUUGCGCGAUCAUCUCAUCAUCCCGCUCCUGCGAAGCAUUGCUCGGUCGAGAAACUUUGAUGAAUAUCUUGUGAUAUGGCAGCAAGGCCUAGCAGAUGCGAUGCGAGCACGCUAUACGUCAAGGCUACAGCCAGAGUCGGUUCCUGCGGUGCUAGUAUGGGAUGAUGAAGAUGUAUUUGAUGAGUUUAGCAGACUCAGCUUGGUCCAUGCACCCAAAAGCAUGGGCAAUCGUCUCCUCAAAGAACUUGACCAGGCUUUCGAUGAGAUGACCCAUAACAUUGGUUCAACAGCAGAUACCUUCGCAAAACUCGCCGUUUUCUCUGCUUUACUGCAGAGCUCACAAGACCCAUCUGUCGAAUUGAACCUGGAUAGAGAUCGGCUUUUCGUACUGUAUGACCACGUUGUGAAAGCUUUAUCUCGAAAGUCAGAUUAUCAGGCUCAACGCUGGCGAUUGUGGAAACUUGCCCAGCACUUACUGUCCCUGUCGGCAGACGAAGACCUUGCGAGAAUGGGAAAGCAACUACUAGGAUCUACAACCCAUUUCCUGUCGCUAGGCGAGAUCGCAACAUAUCAACUCAGGGAUUCGACCCGCAAAAGAGCCUCUAAAUUCCUCGACGCUCUGGAAUGUUUCUCGACUACCAUUGAGCUGUCUGCGCGGUCUACGGAAUAUGCUACCCUUUUAGAGGACGAGUUGCUCCACUUCAGAUCUCUGAUUGAAACUUGUGCUCAUUCUCAAUCUUUGGAGGGGUUGGAAAUAUGGUCUGGGCGAGCAUUUGAUUGCGACAGUUCGAGCAAGUUGAUAUGUGCCUGUAUUGGGAAAUUAUUGCAAAAGUCGGCCAUAAUUCCUGAACACCCCGGACCUUUCGGAAAGCUCAUUGAGCUUUGCUUCGAAAUCUUGACGACAAAAACAUCUGAUGAUCAAGAAGCCAUCCAAGCAAAUCUGAAAAGACUACUCUACGUCUUACUGGGAAUUGAGGAGAUACACAAAUCACCUAAACUGCACCAAUUGAUCCUGCAACAUGUGGUUGACGAGCCGAGUCAAACCAAAACCAAUUUCGAAGUCCAUAAGAUGCUUCUCAAAGAUGUGUCCGAAGGCUUGGUGAGGCGAUCUCAGCUGAAGAAAAUAGGCCCGCUAUUGAGGCAGCGACUACUCAGAAGUCCUGGGCCAGAAGACCCAGAAGUAGUGUCACAAGUCCUUGCUUUGGUCCUCCUGAUCGAUGAUGCAAUUACGGAGUCGCUCUUUGAUUCGAAGGACUGGCGUGCGUGGAUCAGUCUUACCCAACGGAUGUGCGAAAUCGAUAUUCCUGAGUCUUCGAUGUCCAUGUUGGCGGUGGUACAAAUGCUCGACCAUAUCCUCAAGCUGGUUUGGGAGCAUGCGCUCUCAACGCCGCAGGCACCGGCAUUAUCUGAUCUUGUGGCCUGGACCACAAAGACCGUCAAGGUGUCACAUGACAACGAGCUAGAUAUUACGAAUCUACUCAGCCUACAAGUCUUUACGAGUCAAAUUUGCUUGACCAAGAACCUCCCAGAUAACGUUCUAUCUCACGGCAAGGUACGAAAACUUCGCGAGCGAUUCCUUGAUAUUCUGAAACGCAGUCUUGAGCAACGUCCCAAGAACUGCUUUAUCUUGGAAAAUCCCAUCAUGCUUGAGCUUUUGCUCCGUGCGGUUGGUCAUGUGCAAGACGCCACAGUCGAUGAAAAUGCACAACAAACAGUGUCUAUGAUCCGAGAUAGGGCGCUUGCGCGCUCGUCAUCGCAAAUACAAUCACAGACGGCGACCUCGAAGCUCUACGUCGAGUAUAAGUCCAUGCAGCUCUCGACUGAACAGCAUGCCAUAUCCACGGAGGAAGAAAUAUUGGCACAAGUUCAGGAUCUGGCGUCUUUCGCGUCAGGGCUUAGUAAUGGACGGAGCGAACAAUUAGGGCUUCUCUGCAGCAAAGCACACAUGAUCGCAAGUCGAAUCACCCCUGCAGGGAUAGGAGAUGCACUUCAAGUGCUGCGCCGAUUCCCAAGCCAACCUGCUAUCGACACGCCCAAACUUAUUCUCACAUCAGCCAUAAUUCCGCAUGCUGACGUUGAUCUGAUAUCACAAAGUCCAAGGCUCGCCAACGAAUUGACGUGCAUUGCCAGUCUCGAUGCCUCCAAAUGUCAUGAUAUGGCAGGACUCUUUCUGUCUUUAGAGAACUGUAAAGUCGUUCUCCAAACCUAUCCAUUGCUAAUCAACCAAUCUGCAUUGGACAAGUUGCUGAUUUCAAUAUGCAUGUUUGGGACAUCGACCCUUGUUUCUCUGCCUGACACAGUUGACCUUGAACAAGAUAGCCAGCCUCAUCCGGUCCAUAUCUUUGACCAAUGCUGUGCCAUUAUUGGAAUAAUUUUGGGCAGAUACAGGCGACGAAUAUCCGAUCGUUAUCAUCUGCUACUGCCAGCUCUGCAGAUGCUUAUGCGUUGUCUGUUCUGGCCUGGUCUAGAGACAAUCCGGAAUCGACGAUACCACAACCUUGCCAAUAACCUGAACAUUUUCCACGAGACUUUACCUCAGUGGCUGCAAGGAUCUGCAGAAUCUCUCCCACCCUCUUCCGCCGAGAAACUAGCCCGCCUUUUCUCGACAAUUUGCAAUCCGUCGGUAUCUGCCGCACGAUCUGCAAAGAAAGGAGGCCACAACGAAUUGAACGACGAGACCAAGAGGGCCAAACAGCUCGCAGGCCAGCACAUGCAGUACAUAGUCGUCGAAUACGCUCGAUGCACUUUGGAUGGACAAAUCUUGCCCUCGGUCAAGGAUCGAUUGAGGCCAGGUAUGUACGCUGUCCUCGAUUCAAUGGACAAAGAGCUCUUGAGAGCCGUAAAUGCUGGCAUGGACCCCAGUAGUCGUGCGAUAUUCAAAAAUCUCUACGAUGACUGGUCUAGGUUUGGCAAGUGGGAUAAGACCUAAGUUGGGAAAGAAGAGCGUGGGAGUCAAAAGCCUUGUCACUUUCGAUUCUCAUCAAAACAGUCGAUAUCAGCAGGAGUGCCAGCUGGUCAAUUCGCGUAGGGCAGGAAUGUCCUGUACACCCGGUAAACUAUUGCCGAGACACGUCUCGACUUGUCACUCGGUUGGAAGGGUUAAAGCAUUUUAGGGACGGGAAUUAACCGGCG